AUAGCUUUUUUUGUCGGUACCAUCGGUUUCUUAUUUGAAGGAAAUAAACCAGGGCAUCAACUAGGACCAGCAGUAGAAAAUUUUCCAAGAGACUGCCAAGAUGUAUUAUGGGAGGGUUACAUGGAGAGCAAGGUGUACACGAUCUAUCCACAAGGAGGGGGACAGCUGGAGGUCUUCUGUGACCAGCACACAGAUGGUGGUGGUUGGACGGUUAUACAGCGACGGAUGGAUGGGGUGAUAGACUUUUUCCGGAAUUGGAAGGACUACAAGUACGGGUUUGGUAACAAGUCAGGGGAAUAUUGGCUUGGAAACCACCAAAUACAUGAAAUUGUUAAUCAAGGAUAUUAUGAACUGCGAAUAGACAUGUCUGACUUUAAUAAUGAAAAAAGG